AUGAAAAACCAAUUGUAAUAAAUGAAAAUGAGAUUCCACUAGAAAUGCAAAAAAUAAGUAUUAAAUUAAAAAAAAUAUCUGUAACCUUUUGAUCAAAAAUUUGUCAAUAGAUAAAAUUUUGAAUAAAUCUAAUUUCAAGAAGCAGAAUUAGAUUAACAAUUAAUUGAGAAUUAAGCAUGGUAUAAUCUAAUUGUAAAUAUUAAAUAUUAUAUAGUAAGAGUAGCAUAUAUCCAGUGAGAGAGAAUUUACAAAGUUAAUUAUUUAAAGAGAUCAUUAGAUAGAGGGUUAUCAUUCGUCCAAAAGAGAGGUUUGCUAUUGAUGAGAAUGUAUGAUAAUUUAAGGUUAACUUUUGCUGCUAUUGAGAGAGGUUUGAAGGUGAUACGAAAAGAAGAGAAAAGAAUGGAAUCAGAGGCAAAAUUUUUGAAAUCAUAAACAAAGCAUUUAGAGAAUUUUCUAAAAAAUAAGAGCAACAUAAUUAAUAAUUAUUUAUUCAGUUCUUUAGAUUAUAAAUUGUUUCCUGAUAAUCAUAAUUAGAUUUAGAUUAUGAAUCAAUUACAAUUUCUUGAAAUAAUAGAAUUGUAAAUAGAAACAAAUGUUAAUUGAUUAUUUUGGAGUAGAUCAAUUUUCUAGUUAUGCAUUUAAAGCAUAUUUGAGUAAAUACUAUGUAGAUUGUGGGUUAAGAAUGAACACUCAGAAUAUACUGUUGAAAUAUUUAAUAAAAUAAAUUAAACAAUUGCUAUAACUGCAAAUUAUCCAACAAGGAAUGGUAUGAUCAUAUUUAAUAAAUGUAUGAAGAAAAUAACUGAAUUAAAUUAGGUGAAAAAAUUCUUUUGCUUAAAUGAUAAAUGCAAAACCUAAUAAUUUUUAUAAUUGUUCAAUUAUUAAAGAAUAUAGAUAAAAUCUAAAUAGAUUAAAUGUAAAAUUUCUUAAUGUUUAAUGUAAAAAAUAAAUCAUUGGUUGCCUUCUUUCCUUGUCUUCUUCUUUUUAAAAAAUUCCCCCCAUUUUUUUAUGACUAACCUUUUUCUUAAUUAUAAGAAUAUAAAGAUCAAUUGUUAAUAUUUAAUUGAAGUAUAUUGA